CGAGAGUUACAACGAGAGUUACAACGAGAACGUGACGUCAUAUUUACACAACACGGAUCUAGCCAUAACCCUGCCACCAGCCCCCUCAGACAAAGCACUGCAUCCGUCCAUACAGCAAGUUGGUUCUUCCUACUUUAGAAGAAGAAGAAGAAGAAGAAGAAGAAGCAACCCUCCCGCCGCCUGCAGCCUGAAGACCUGAAGAGUGCAGACGGAUUCUCGAAAGUACCGCAGUCUCUUCUCCUAAUAGUCCUUUUGAAUUGUCCUAUCCACUAUCCCUUAACCCCGUGACGUUUCACACAGAGUUCAAGGGAUAUACGUUAGGAGCUGCAUUUUGGACUAUUCGACUGCAGCCAUGGCCUCCGCAGCUCCGGAGGAUUUACCGGAGAACCGGGAGAGUUUAACGGCCUCAGGAGACACCGGGACACCGGGGGGAGACACCGGGACACCGGGACGAGACACCGGGAUGACGGGAUCCGGGAAAACAACCUUCGUUCAGAAACCGAAAGGAAGAGAGAGACGUCACAGCUGUCAGCAAUGUGACAAAUCCUUUACAAAAUCUGGAAAUUUAAAGAACCACCUGCGUAUUCAUACAGGAGAAAAACCGUACAGCUGCGAAGAGUGUGGGAAAACAUUCACUACAUCAGGUGCUCUCAAAACACAUCACCGUAUUCACACUGGAGAAAGACCGUACAGCUGUGAAGAGUGUGGGAAAACAUUCACUACAUCAGGUGAUCUCAAAACACAUCACCGUAUUCACACUGGAGAAAGACCGUACAGCUGUGAAGAGUGUGGGAAAACAUUCACUCGAUCAGGUGAUCUGAAAUCACAUCACCGUAUUCACACUGGAGAAAGACCGUACAGCUGUGAAGAGUGUGGGAAAACAUUCAAUCAAUCAGGUGCUCUCAAAUCACAUCACCUUGUUCACACGGGAGAAAAACCGUACAGCUGUGAAGUGUGUGGGAAAACAUUCCAGAACUUAGGUAAUUUUCAAACACAUCAUCGUAUUCAUACUGGAGAAAAACCGUAUUGGUGUGAAGAGUGUGGGAAAGUGUUCACUCAAUCAGGUGCUCUCAAAUCACAUCACCGUGUUCACACUGGAGACAAACCAUAGUAGUGUAAAGAGUGUGGGAAAACGUUUUCUCUAAGUAUUCACCUUAAAGUCCACGAGCGAAUCCACACUGCAUUGUUUUGAACAACUAUGAGAGCCAAGCUAGCUGUUUCCUCCUCCUGAAGUCCUGAGAGCUGUAUUGUUAUAUUUUAAGAGUCUUUUUGAAUUGAAGUCUGACUAAUAGACUUCAAUUCACAGAGUCAGUCUCGUUGUAUGUCCCUGAGGUCCUCCUCAGCUUUUUAAAUAUCCCUAAAGUCCCCCAAAAUAAAAUGGGUGAGGCUUUUAUCCACUACACUCCCAAAUUGUGGAACACCAGGAAAUAUCAGAGAGGCUCAGUGGACAUUUUUAAACGCCUUCUAAAGAAACAUCUCUUUAGAUUAGCUUAUUAUUAGCAACCCCCCACUUUAAAUGGUCUUUUAGUCUUUAUUAUUUACCUACUUUUAUCUUAUAUUAGUUUUUUUUUAAUAGUUUUCAAUAACAACAUUUAUUUUUACAUUCUUUUAUUUUACAUUUUAAUAGUUUAACCUUAAUUAGAAUUAGGACGUUUUUAUUACUAUGUAUUUGUAUUUCUGUUGUACCUAUAUGUUCACUUUAUUGUAUAGGGUUCUAUAUUGUUGGAUCUAUUCACUUGUCUUGUGUCUUGUCUUUCUGAGAGAAAUCAUAAUUUAGUUUUCAUAAUCCUUCUCCUCUGGGCUGCUUGUGUGACGUGUGCAGCAUGUGUAAUGUGGUGUCUCUGUGUGAGACCUGUUAGUUUAACUUGUUCAUUGUUAGGAGAUGUGCUCCAGUUUAUCUUUGUGCAUGGAGUACUUCAGUCACUUUCUUUUAGGAGAAAGUUGUUCUCAGUUCAUCUUAAGUUUGUUUUGUAAAUUGGCUGGUGAGCCUUACUCCUUAUUCUUUUUCAAAGAUGUUUUGCCUUGCAUGGCCUCAGAUCUACUUCAUAUAGUAAACAAAUCUCUUCACUCAGGUAUUUUUCCACAGGCCCUGAAAACUGCAGUCAUUAAACCACUCUUAAAAAAGAAUAAUCUAGAUGCUUCAGUAAUGAACAAUUACAGGCCCAUAUCAAACCUCCCAUUUCUAGGUAAAAUCAUUGAAAA